CAUAAUUUCUUUGAACCAAUCAAAAUGUAAACUGCCAACGUUUAUUUUAGUAGAAUGUUUCCCUAUUUGUCACGUCUUUUUCUUGGAAUGAAUAAGAUAUUUUUAUAGUGAAUGAAGGAAUGACGUUAAGAUGAACGAAAUCGCAAAUCAAGACACAUUAGAUGCCAAACCUGUUCUCAUUGAAGAAACACCAACAAAAUUGCCAGCUACCAAUGGGACAGAACGUAAAAGAAAUGAAGGAAUAAUAUACGAAAGCCAUUUGAACCAAGAAAGUUAUACAAUUAAAUCUGGAAUAGCAGUUGUGAUCAAUAACACAGAAUUUGAUGCCAGAUUAUGUUUAUCUGAUCGUUCUGGAAGUGAUGUGGAUGCUUCAUCUCUAUUCCAAAGAUUCAUGGAACUUGGCUUUGAAAGUGAUCUUAUGAAUGAUGCCAGUAAGGAUGACUUGGUAGAAAAGUUACAAGAAAUUAUGAAAGACAAAAAACAAUUAUCGAAAACAGACUGCCUGAUCGUCGCUUUGUUGACACAUGGUAAUGAGGACAGCGUGUAUAUGACAGAUACAUGUGUAAAAAUGAAAGCAGUAAUGAAUUACUUCAAUGCAGAGAACUGUCCAGAGCUAAUUCUUAAGCCCAAAAUAUUUAUUUUCCAGUGUUCUAGAAGAUCAGAUUCAAGACGAGGUGAAGAUAUAAUUGUUGAGGAUACACUAAAAAGCAAGGCUUCUAUUCCAAAUGAUGCAGACACUGUUCGUAUUCCCAAUGAGUCUGAUUUCCUUGAAGUUUAUUCUACGUCAAUAGGUGAUAGAUCAUUCCAUAACACAGAGUCAUCAUCACCAUUUUUACGUCAUCUAAUAGAAGAGCUACAUAACAUCAAGGUAGACGAUGAUAUUUACAGAGUUUUAACAAAAGUAAAUAGCAAAGUUAUGACAUUUGAGCCUGGACAUACUGAGAGUAAAGAUAUGAGACAGAUGCCAUAUUUUGUAUCACACCUUACGAAAGAUUUGUAUCUGAAACAGGUCAACUAGACAUAUGAUGACCUUCAGCCAGGAUUACAAGUCGUUACACUAGUCGUUAAAAUCAAGCUUUCCAUAUUAUAUACGAAAUUAAAACUGUUUAUUUUGUUUACUAUUAUAUAUUAACAAGAACGUAAAAUAUUUCUACGAUUUUGAUUAGAUAUAGAAUAAGGUGAUAUUCGCAUAUGACAAACUUUUGUUAAAAAGUGCUAUGAAACUUUUCUCAAUCUAAUAUGUAAAAAGUAUAUAUUAUAAUGAUCGGUACAAGGAAAAUUGUCCUCGUGGUGUAUCAUAUUGCACUGCAACUGUUAGUCAACAUAUUAUUUUAAUUUUACUGUCGUUGCUAUAAUCCGUAUUUUAAAUGGUUCGGAUUAAUGAUUUUGAAAACUAUAAAUGAAAGAAAAGUUCAUCUUUUCAUCCAUAUCAAAUAUUAGUUCUGUAAUUUCGAAUUAUAAAAUUUCCUCACAUCUUAUAGGAUUUUUACACCAUUAUGAGUUAUAUUUUGCUACUCGAGAGACAUUGAAACAGUGAAACGAAACAUUCAGUAGUAUUCUAACAUAAUUCUAUUUUAUAGGUUUUUCCUAGAUGUCAUUCUGAAGUCCUGUCGCUUCGUAGCUUCACAAUUACUACUUUCUAAUAUAUUUGAUUUUGUAUUUACAUUGUAUCAUAGAUCAAAUUCAUUUGUUCAGUGUAUGUUCGCUGGUGUUAAUAUGUCUUUUGAUUGAGUAAAGCCAUUUCAAUUGAUA